CAUAUGGUCGGCCUCGCCCGACUAUAACUUCUUACUUAUUUACGUUUAAAUUAGUUUAUUCAGCAUAAUUGGAAUUGAGAACUAAAUUUUGUAUACAAACCAAACAAAGGAGUUAAACUAAACACAAUUAUUUUACUUAAAUGGGAAAAUAAUAUAAAAAAUGGAUGAGGUACUUUCAAGUAAGCCAAUUGCGGCGUUGGAAAAAUCCGAUAACCUUAUUAAAACAUACAUACUUUUGUUGGAAAGAAAACUAAAAAAUUGUAUUUUAUGGGAGAAUUUCAAUAAUGAAAAAGAAACAAAAUGUCUUGAUUUAGAAGAAGAAUUAUUUUCAUUGAAAUUACAACAGCAGGAAAAUAAACAACAGGGCGAUCUUCACAAAAAACAAAUGGAAAAAGUAAAUGACGAAAAUGUUAAGCUGAAAUCUGAAAAUGAACAACUAAAAUUGGAAAUAAUUAAACUACAAGAGGAAAUUGAAAAACUCAAAAAUAAUAAUUGCAAUCAAAACAAUAGAAUUGAAAGAACGAUUUCAAUCGACAAUACUGAAAAUUCCGAUGCCAACAGUGUUUUAGUUAAAGGUUUCACUAAACUUCAAUUGUGCACAAUUCCCAAAAUAAAUAUUAUUAAUCUGUGUCAUCAUAUGAAAAUACAAAUAUCGGACAAGGAUAUUGUUAAAGUAAAGAACAAGGAAAGCAAAUACAACGAACGGCUCAAGCUUAAGCCCGAUAAAAUUCAAUUGAUUGUAGAAUUUCGAACAUCAGAUUUGAAAGUUGAAUUCCUAAAAAAUAAGGACAAAUUGAAACAGCAACCGGAUUUGGCCGAUAUUGAAAUUAUUGAUUAUGUCAGCGAUGAAGUGUUUAAUUUGUAUCAAUAUGCGAAAAUGUUAAAAGAUCACGGCUUUGCCUCAAUCUAUUGGAGAAACAAUUGUGUGUAUGCCAAGAAAAUCCGAUCGAGUUUAUGUGAUCCAAUAUUAAUUAAGUCAAAAAACGAUGUGGACAAUUUGAAAGAAGCCAAGGAAUAACGUUUUAUUAUUAUGUUGAAUUGUAUUUAGAAUGAAAAGUUUUAUUUUUGAACAAAAAUAUAUAUAUAUUUUUUUUAAUACA